AACAAACAUGUAGAAAUAAAAAAAAUUACUGAAAUAAAUACAACAGAAAAAUAUAAUAAAAUGUAAUUUAUCUGCAAUCGUACAUCACACAUUCAAUGGAACACAAAAAAUGUGGAAACCAUAAAAUAAAACAAAAGAUAAAAACGACAAGCUAAAGCCACAAUAAUAUUGUGGUUAAAGAAAAAUAAACUUAAUAUUGAAAACUUUAAAAUUAAUUUUAACAAAAAAAAUAUAUAUUAUAAUUUUACUUGAUAUAUUUAAUAAGAAAAAGUUGAAAAAAACAAACUAAUAUGUGGUGGUGUUGCAAAAAUAUUAUUAAACUAGUGUUUCUUUUUUAAUAGUUGCAGUUUCUUUACAUUACACUGUGGUUGCAUUAUCAUAGCAAUAUUGCAAUAAUUUGUGGAUUAACAGAUAAGCGGAUUAAAAUGCUGCAUUCAUAGAGUGGGUAAAACUAACGAACCGUAAUGAUAAUGCCCAUCAUAGAAGAAAAUCAAAAUUUUUGUCUAAAAUUAAAACAAAUCUUGACAAUACAAGUACAACUUUUUGCCGUCAACAAUAUAACAAAAAUAUAAACAAGAAACUAAUUAAAAUGCAAUUUAAAUUAACAAAACAACAAGAACGAAAAAAGUUUCAUUAUAAACGUCAACUUAAGCAGCAGCAUACUAAAAAAAAUCAGCAAUAAAAAUUUACAUACCAACAACUAUUAACAGCGGCAUAAUAUAGUUAAAGUUUGUACAAAAUUUAAUUUUUUUAUAAAAAAGAACAAGUAAAAACAAUAUAGUGAAAGAAAGUAGAGAGAAAAAAUCAUCUAAAUGGAAUACAGAAUAAAAUAAAUUGUAGCUGCAUCUAAAUGAAGUUAACAAUCUGUCAAUUUGGUAAAUUGUUUCUGCUGUUGACAGCCUUUUUCUUCGUAACAAAAUCCUUUAAAAUACUUGCUGUUGACGCUGCUGCUACUGCCUCUACCUUUGUUACCCCUAGUCCUAUUAAUAACAAAACUCUUACAGUUACUAUAGAAACUAGUGUGAAGACAGAUGCUAUUGGCAGUUUAAAGUCUUCUAAUACCAAUGCUCUAGUUCAACAGGACAUUGAGCGGAAAUUUGAAAUAGUUACACAACAGCCAACGACUAAAUCAAUAACAAAAACUAACAACAAGAACACCAAAAGCAAUAAGGUGAAAAGCCAAGUUUAUGAAGAAAAACAACAACUACAACAUCAAACACUCAUAAAUAAUACAUACAACGUUUUAUCAAAUAAAGUGGGGGAAAAGUUAGAAAAUAUUACAUUAAAAGGAAAUGAAAAUGAAAAUCAAACAAAAACAACAAAAACAUUGCCUACAACAAAAAUAUUUGAUUUACCAGCAACAACUAAACUGCAACAGCCUGUUGUAAAUGGAUUAUUGGCAAAACCUUACAACACUCAACCAAAUGCCAAUAAUGUUAAAUACAAUAAUAAUGAAAAUCAUGUUCAUGACGAUGAUGAUGACGAUGAGUAUGUCAAAAUUAAGUCAAAUGUAUCAAGACAAAUGUCAGACACAAUACAAAGCUCAUCAACCACACAUGUGACACAUUUAAAUCACAUACACUCUGGCCAAACAGCAAACAAUGAAUUUGUAUUACAACAAACUAAAAUAAAACAACAAAAGCGCAUAAAACCUCAAUUCAACAAACAACCUUUAUUACGAUCAUCGACAUCAUCAUCGCCGUCGUACUCAUCAGCAGUAGCCGCAAUAAAAUUAAACACAGUGACUUCAGCUUCAACUUCAUUACUACCCCUAAGAUCACAAUAUAAUCAACAGCAACAAGACUACACAUCAUUCGAUUUAAGCCAGCAUCCAUUUAGGCAACAAUCACAACAACUAGAGCAUCAACAAACAUCCUCUAAAAUAACAGCGUCAGCUCAAAUUGUUCCCUCAUUGUCGUCAUCAUCAACAUCAGCAUCAUCAUCGGGGAAGCGUGUGGGUAUUUUAAUGCCUUCCCGUCUGCUAAAUAGAAUGUAUGUGCAACAGGGUUUUCGUAAUUUUGUGGAAUUUUUCCAAGUGAACUUGAACAAUGUCAGUGUUGAUUUUAUACCAGAUGAUGAUUUAACAACAUUCAUUAAGCUACUGGAACAACCCAAUUACACAACGUUGGUGAAAACCUUAAAUGCUGGCAUUAAUCUAGAUGAUGAUGAUAAUGAUGACCUUGUUGAAGGAGCUUUCUUAAAGCCACAACAACAUCAACGUCGUCAUCAUACGACAGAAUCACAUAAAAACCAGCCAUCAAACAAAGAAUCACAGGAAAAUCAAACUAAAGAUGAAGACAACAUGAAUAUGGAUGAAAAUAAAAAUGAAAAAGUAAAACUAAAAGAUAAUGAAAAUAAAAAUUAUGAGGAUUUACAAAAUCAAAAACAUUCACACGCAGCAGCAGCCACAGCAGCUUCAUCUUCGAUGGCAAGAAAUGAAGCUGCUGGUUUAACAAAGCAAUCUAUGGAAGAGGAACAACAACGGCAAGAUAAACAUUUAAACAUUGGUUAUUGCCACUUGACUAAAGCUCUGGAGCGUGAUUUUAAUAAAACGAUUUUUCUCUGGCCAUGUCCGCACAUGAAAGAAUCUAGCAAUUUUCUACCAUCAUACGAAGCAAUUUCCUUUGCUGUUAAAAGUAUAGCAACUAAACUUAAUUGGACAAAAGUUGACAUCUACGUUGGCGAUGAAAAUUGGGCAUUACCAAUGGCCAUAGCAGCCAACAUGCAUGUACCAUAUAAAAUUGAAAUUGGAGAAGAUGACAUACGUGAUCUGAAUGCUGAUGAUAAAAUUGGUAAAGCAAUAAUCAUUACUGCUGCCAUGAAUGAUGUUACAACAUUACGCCUGCUCAGAUUAUUGGAAACCUUAAUGCAUACCAAAGUGCUGCUCAUUGACAUUGUGGCAACAUCUUUUAAUGCUGAAAAUCGUUUCUACAAGUAUUUGACACGUAUUAAACCAGAAUCUCAACUAAUGUCCAAUCUGCUGCUAUUGACAAUACUGAGUGACAACUAUCGAUAUUUCCUUAAUGUGGCCUUUGAUAAUAAUGGCAUUGAAAUGGUGCAAAAUUUUCGCCAACAAAAAUUGGAGCGUGAAAAGGGAAAAAAUAAAAAGGCUCAGCCCAACAGCUGGCCUAUACAUUUAGAUGAAUCUGUAACGGAGGUGUUGCAAUUACGUGAGGCUAGCAAUAAAAAAUUAAAUAGAACUGUGUCUGCAGAUAUGGCAAAAAAAGAAUUUAUAUAUUUACAAAAAUUGCUAAAGGAGUGUCCUACAUUGAAUGUUUCUGCCACAAAUAUAAAUUUAUUAUGUAUUAAUUCUCAACAUAUAAAAGAAAACUGUUUGAAUGAACAACAACAGCAGGUUUUUCAAACACUUUGCCAAAAUCAUAACAUCUUAAGAGAACAACAAUUAAUAGAAAAUUUAAGAAAUUUUAUAGAUUUUUUUAAUUUUUAUGAUUUCUUAAUUGGCAAUAUUUUAAAUUCAACACCAACAGAAGCUACAACAACAUCCUCAAGUGCUAGUAAAUCUUUAAAACAUGUGCCAAAAUACGAUUUUAUUGUUCUAGAUGUGGUACGUGGCAUUGCCAAUAAAGCUGUAGAUGCAACAAGACAUAUAUCCGUUACUAAUGAUACUACUAGCAGCAAUAUGUUUGAUUUUAUAAACGGAAAACAUCAACUAGAACAUCGAUACUAUAGCUUAACAAAUACAACAAUAAAUAAAAGUUCAUCAUCAUCAUCAUCAACACCAUCAGCAUCAUCAUUAGUAUUUAAAUGGCGACCCCUAUUGAUAUUAGAACAACAUGAAAUCAAUUUAAAAACCUAUAUAACACAUUCCAUUUUACCUGGUUACGAUGAUUGGCUGUUAGUUAGCACUGCUCAGCUUUGGUAUUGUGGCUCUAUAUGUUGGACAAUUAUUGCAAUAUGUGUGGGUGUCUUGUUAGUUAUUGUUGUGGCAAGUGUUGCAGCUGGUAUAGCCAUGAGAAAUUAUUUAUUACGCAAACGUUUAUCUAAAGGACCUAAUAAAAUUGUAUUAUCUGCAAAUGAUUUUGUAUUCCCGGUGGAUUCACGUAGAGUGGAUGAGGGCAUUGAAGCCAUGCUGUGCUGUUGGCUGCAACAAUUGCAAGAGUUUGGUGGUCCGGAAGUGGACAAGCCGGACUUGUUAAAGGGUUCUAUAGGUUCUUUAAAGAAUCUCGGUUUUAUAAUACCAGGUGCUGCUAAUAAUUCGACAACGGCCACAGUUAAUGGUAAAACUAGUUCUGGUUCAGCCAGUUUAGCUAGACACAAUCCAGCCUUGCUGGACAUGAGAGCCAGAUACAAUGGUGAUCUAGUACAACUUAAGGAGGUGCCCUUAAAUGGUUCCACUGAAUUGAAAGCCAAAGCCAUGGAUUUACUGGUAAUGGCUCAUGGUCUAAGACAUGAAAACAUUAAUCCCCUAAUAGGCUGGCUGGCCGAUCCUAGUCGCACGGCCAUGGUUUUCGACUAUUGUUCACGUGGUUCACUGCAAGAUGUCCUCAUCAUGGAUGAAAUCAAAUUAGACUGGUCAUUUCGUUUAAGUCUCCUAACAGACUUAGUACGUGGCAUGCGUUACUUGCAUGCCUCACCACUGCGUGUUCAUGGUACAUUAACGUCACGUAAUUGUGUUGUUGAUGCACGUUGGGUAUUAAAAAUAACUGAUUACGGCUUACCUCUAUUCUAUGAGGCUCAAGGUUUAACACUACCACCACGCAACUACAAAGAACUACUCUGGACAGCUCCUGAGUUGUUGCGUUCACUGAAACCUCAAAAUCAUCAACACCACCAUCACCAUCAUCAUGGUACGAGAAUAUUGGGCACUCAGGCCGGUGAUGUCUAUUCGUUUGGCAUAAUAAUGCAAGAAGUGGUGGUGCGAGGUGAACCGUACUGUAUGUUGUCGCUGUCGGCUGAGGAAAUAAUAGCGAAAAUAAAAAAACCACCACCCUUAAUAAGACCCUCGGUAUCAAAGGGUGCUGCACCACCGGAGGCUAUUAAUAUUAUGCGUCAAUGUUGGGCGGAACAACCAGAAAUGCGACCAGAUUUCAAUUCAGUUUAUGAACGUUUUAAAUUGUUAAAUCAUGGACGUAAAGUGAAUUUUGUCGAUACGAUGUUUCAAAUGCUAGAGAAAUAUUCAAAUAAUUUGGAAGAAUUGAUACGUGAGAGAACCGAACAAUUAGAUAUUGAAAGAAAAAAGACUGAGCAACUGUUAAACAGAAUGUUGCCGAGUUCGGUAGCGGAAAAAUUAAAAAUGGGCUUAGCGGUUGAGCCCGAAGAAUUUUCAGAUGUUACAAUAUAUUUCAGUGAUAUUGUUGGUUUUACAACAAUAGCUGCUCAUUGCACACCAGUACAGGUUGUUGAUCUUUUAAAUGAUCUCUAUACAAUAUUUGAUGCUACCAUCAAUGCUUACAAUGUUUACAAGGUUGAAACCAUUGGUGAUGCUUAUAUGGUUGUUAGUGGCAUACCCGUACGUACACCCGAUCAUGCCGAGCAAAUUGCCACUAUGGCUUUAGAUUUACUACAUCAAAGUGGCCGUUUUAAUGUUAAACAUUUACCAGGAGUGCCGCUACAGUUAAGAAUAGGUCUACAUACCGGUCCCUGCUGUGCGGGGGUGGUUGGUUUAACUAUGCCUCGGUAUUGUUUAUUUGGUGAUACAGUAAAUACCGCCUCAAGAAUGGAAUCUACAGGUUCCUCUUGGCGCAUUCACAUGUCUCAGGAGACACGUAAUCGUUUAGAAGCUCGUGGUGGCUAUAUGAUAGAACCCAGGGGUCUUAUAGAUAUUAAGGGUAAAGGAAUGAUGAAUACAUUUUGGUUGUUAGGCAAGAAAGGUUUCGAUAAACCUUUGCCAAAUCCCCCACCGAUUGGAGAGUCGCAUGGUUUAGAUGAAUCAUUGAUACGCAACUCGAUCACACUCAAGGCUCAAGCCAACAAAUCACGUAAUAGUACAAAUCCAUCUUCCAGCCAAUCAUCCUCUCUGGCCGGUGAGUCGGUUGAGGUUAAAGUUGAAAUAACACCACCCACAAAUGUUGAUGUUUGUUCAUCCUCAAAUCUACCCAAUUCCUAUUCAUUGGAUUCCAAUUCAACCAAUACCAUUAGUCCCAAUAUGACACUGUGUCCAGAGUUCCCAACCAAAACGCCCAGUAACUCACCACAACCUAGAAAGAUAACUGAAAUUGCAACCGAUAAUCUAUUAAAUCCUUCAAAUUUCAAUCGUUUACCCACAUCAGCGGCGGGAUCAUCAUCGAGACUUUAUAAGAAAAUUGAGGAAAUGAUGGAUCUUAGUUCACCCUAUAAUCAUUAUAAAUGCUUGAGUCCCAGUGAAAGUAAUCUAACACAAUUCUAUGAUGGCAAAUAUUUGUAUAGCGGUGGUGGAGGUGUUGGUAAUACGGUGGCAAAUAGUUUUCAUUCGGUAACGGGUAGAUUUGAAAAACCCGGUUCUUCACGUUUACUACGACGUCAAUUUAGUUUGGAUCGUGACGAUACACAAUCGAAAUCUGAACAUCAACAUCAUCAGCAUCAUCAGUCUUCCUUACAAUCGUCCCUACCGUUAUCGUUAUCGAAUAAGUCUUCAACACUGGAAAUACCCGUACUGCAUGAUACGGCCCGAAGUCCCAAAGGUACUCUCACCAGGGUACACAAACAAAAUUCCACGUCUAUAGCACAAGAUCUGGAGAAAAUUGAAGAAAUACCUUUAUCGCCGGCUUCAUCACAACAACACAGUAGUUUAGACAGUAACAUCAAUCGUAGUCCACCCUCUACCAUAGAAGCUCAAUCACCACCGGUACAAACUGUUGUGACAAAACGUAAAACUGGUCUUUUGACCUCAAUGUCACCACCACCCACACUACUAUCGGCACCUACCUCACCUGCUCCUUCAAGAUCGCUAAAUGGCGUGGCCUAUAAUUGCACCAUUAUGGAAAGUCCAACUACAGAUGCUUCUUCUACAGCGACAACAACAGCUUCGGUUAAUUCGAAUACUACGACACCAAUAGAAGAACCAAAAAGUAAUUUAAAGAAACAAGAAAUAAUGCUUAACGUUGAGGCUUUGAUAAGCAGGUAGGAUACGGUUUAAAUUUGUUUUGUUUUGACUUAUAUUUAAUUUAAAAGAAUUUUAAUUUAGAAAAUUUAGCAGACAUUUUUUUUAAAUUCUACUUUAGCAAUUUUAUAAAAUGAUACGACUUAUUAGUAGAAAUUUGAAUGGCUUUAUAAUUAAGAAAUGGUACCUUAUAAGUAAUGGGCUUUUUAGCAUAAAAGUACAAUUUAUUUUUUUGUAUUUUUAUUUAAUCACAAGAGAUGUUAUUAAGUAGUAAAUGAAUAUAUGGAAAGUUUAUGUAAUGAAAAUGUUUAAUUAAGUAAUAAAUUGUUAAAUUUUAAGAAAAAAUUUAAUUAUAAAAAUAAACCAGUAAGAAAGUCGGACAAUACCGAUUAUAUGAUACCCUACACCAAGAUAUUGUGUUUCAUCUUACGACGGAGCUAAGCAACUAUUAUGGACUGUAAUAUGAUGAAAUUUUUUUUUGUGAUAUGAUCUAUUCUGAUAAACCUGUAAAAUGUUUGCAGUUUUGUUUUAGGUUGUUUUUUUUUAAUAUUUUGGUUCCCUAAAAAGAUCUGAUCGAUAACAUGUUUAAAUUCCAGAACAUCUUGGUGCCAUAGAGCCUUCAUUAGCUUGUAAAAAGUUUUCAGCGAUCUAAAGAUGGUUCGUGUGUUUUAUAGAUCGUUACUGAUCUUUUCAUCAUAAGAUCAUUGUGAUCGAAAAUUUCUCCACCUUUUUUUGUCGAUUUCAAGAGAUACAUACAUCUUCAGACGUAUUUCUCUUUAUAGCAAAAUUUGAAAAUUCUUUUAUAGAUCUGGCUUGAAAAGCGACAAUUAUCUUUAAUGUGUGUGUGUAUUAGAGUAGAUCUUUCUUUAUUUGAAACUGAUCAUCUUAAGAUCUUUUUUCUUUAUUAGCAACUUAAAAGAAGUCAGCUCGAAGAUUUUGUGUUCAACCGAGGAUUUAUGCCUUUGUGUUUUCCAGCACUAGGAAUAUUAUCCUGGUGGAUAAGUUCACCAAUCUUCUACUUAAAAGAUUAUUUGAAAAGUUGGAUUCAGCAUUCCACUGUUGUUCACAUAGAAUUCAAUUGAGUUCUUGGUGUGAUCUUUCUUCGUUUGACUAUCAUCUUUACCAUAUACAUCAUCGAGAAUUUCUAGAGAGUCCUGAUCGAUAACAUGUUUAAAUUCCGAUACAUCUUGGUACUAAGUCGUUUUCGUUGUUCUAUUUAUUCACCAACGAAGUGACUAGCCUUCGUUAGCCUGUAAAGAGUUUUUAGCGAUCUGAAGAUGGUUAGAUCGUUGGGUGUCAUAGUUCGUUACAGAUUUCUCAUAAGAUCAUUGUGAUAGAAAAUUUAUUCACUUUUUUUGUCGAUUUGAAGAACAACGUACAUCUUUUGAUGCAAUUCUCUUUAUGGUAACAUUUUGGAAAUACUUUUAUAGAUUUGGCCAGAAAAGCAACAAUUGUCUUUGAUGUGUGUGUGUAUUAGAGUGGAUCUUUCUUUAUUUAGAAAUUGAUGUUCUUAAGAUCUUUUUUCUUUAUUAACAGCUUAAAGGAAGUCAGCUCAAAGUUCUUGUAUUCAACCGAGGAUUUAUGCCCUUGUGGUUCCCAGCAGUAGGAUUAUCAUCGUGGUGGAUAAAUCCACCAAUCUUCUACUUAAAUGAUUAUUUGAAAAGUUAGCUUUAGAAUUUCCCUGUUGCUCUCCCAUAGAGAACUGAUUUAGCUCUUAGUGUUAUCUAGCUUUCCAUGUUCUUUAUUAAGAACCAAAUUCGCUAAACUUGUCAUCAUAAAAAGAAAAAGAUUCUCUGAAAUCCAACAUCAUGCUUCUAGUCGUGAAGCAAAGCUAACUUCCAUAACUUUCGAGUAGCUGUUAUACUACAAUAAAGUCACCAGCACCUGUUCUUCAUGAUCCACGAUCACGGUAUGAACGUCAAGUCAAGAUUGGCUAUACAAUUGUCCAAAUAGUGGUUAAUAGAGAUUAAACAAAAUAUUAAACUAUAGUCUAGUUAAAAAACAAUUCCACAAGCCAGUCAGUAGACUAUUCCACAAACUGGUCUGCAAAUUUAUAAUACUUUAAAGAUCUGUCAAUAGACUAAUAAAUUAUUUUGGACAAAGGGCUAGACAAACGUCUUUCGACAACAAAAUAAGACUACUAUACAGGUCUAGAAGGUCAAUCAAAUUGUCUAAAUACUUGUUAAUCGUUUUGUACAAAGAGUAGACUGUAAUCUAGCCUAAUGACUAAUACAACAAUCAAUGAACAGACUAUUUCAUAAACUAGUCAACUAAAGGGUCUACAAGUUCAAUAACUAGUCUAUCAACUACUACAUUAAUUUUCAAGAGACUUGUCCACAGGCUUCUCAUUCGCAUUUUGUCUACCCCAGUAGCAUCUUUGAUUAACAGACCCGGGGUACUUGUCCGUUUUGUAGCAGUCACAAUAGCACUCAGCCCUGUCGCUUGAUUUUGGAUUUUGUUUUGACCAAAAACUAUCGGACUGACAGAACCAGAUUGUACCUUAUAGCCGCCCUUAACAUAGGGGACAGACGCUAGAAAGGUACGGUUAUGUUGCCUAGGUAACCCAAACCACAGUCCCUGGCCGACAUCAAAGUGAAUGGGGGAAAUGGUAAAUGCCCUAACUAAGGGAACAAACGCUACCAGAUCGUGAUCGCUAGGCGACCGAAGAUGGUAAUUUACUCCACAGACACUGUGAGAUAUGGGAGGGUAGUUCUCUGUUCAUAUCAUGUUGUAACUGAACUGAAGACUCAAGGUGAUUACCUACAACAGAGACUACCCGCAGUAGUUUAUAGACUACUACAUAAAUUUUCAGGAGAAGAGUCAAUGCAUAGGAAAAAGACAGUAAUUUCCACUAAAAGUUAACCACCUGGAUGAUAGUAAUUCGAAUGUUUUGGGUCAUUCGUCACGAAUGCACUCUUUGUAAUCGAGAAUGAAGACAGUCGUCACUUUAGUGUCCUCUUUGUAAGCGGGAGCGGAUACAGUCGUCUUUUUACUGUCCUUAAGUAACCUAGAGAUUAUACUUGUUUUUUUUUUUUUUUUUUUUGUAUUUACGAAAGACAGUCCUCACUUUAGUGUGCCCUUUGUAAGCGAGAGCGGAGGCAAUCUCUUUGUAGGGUGUAGAGUGACGAUUGACUUCCUCGUAGGACAAGCCCAUGUUAAAAUGGUCGGUCACCUGGCUGGUCAGGUGACUAGGGGCCUCCACAAGUGGUAGGUUAAGUAAUCACUUCGGAACUGUCCCGUCGAACUGCUGAGUUAAUAUAGGUCCAUAAUUUAUCAGCAUCAAAUAGUUAAGGACAUUCGAACUUCUAUUAAGGUGUAGGGUAAAUCUCAUAAGAGUUAUAAAAAAUAAUUAUAUUUAAAUAAAAUCUUCUUCCAUAUAAGUUGGUUAAUUUUUAUAAAAAAAAUAUAUUAAUUUACUUACCAUAUUAACAAACAGCAAGAAAACUAUAUUUCAUUUUUAAUUUCUUCACAAGACAAUCGUUAUUUAUGUAAAAAUUUCUUAAAAAAAACAAAAGAAAAAAUAUAUAAAUCCUAAAAAAAACAUUAUAUUUAAUGUAGUAAAUGUUAAUUGUUAGGUAACGUGUAACUAACUAAAAAAAACUAUCUACUAGUAACUAACUCAAUAACUAAAUAAAUUGUUUUCCAAUAAUAUAA